AUGUUAGAUGGCGCUGAAGCUGCUCUGUCAACGACGGUUCUGGAUGUUCUUUACUUGCCGGGGGAAGCUGUGACCAGGGGGUGAAACUCAUAAAUCAAAUCCAAGCGAAUAACCAAAAUUUCCUUAUUAUGUACCGCGGUUAUAAUAUGGUACGGGAUGAUGACGUCAGUUACUCGAAUCGCUUGAACGCGUUGGUUUUAAUUGCGGUUUGUUUCAAGUUGUUUAUUUUAGAAAAGCGCCUAUAUAAUUUCUGAUUAUUUUUAUUAUCACUUAAUAAUCGGUGCUUUUUCGUCUACAACGGGGUAUGGAAAGUUGAAAAAAAGAAACCUUUCAUAGUAUUAAUGGGAGGAACGUUUUGGCGUGGUAAAAAUACUAAUCAAUAUCUGUGUGUUAGUAACCCUAUCCCCUUCCUGACGAAAACAAACCUAG